AUGAGCCACAUGUAUAAUCUCAGUAUUCUCAUCGACCCUAUACACGCCAGGUUUGAAUAAAUACAUAGCUGUGAAUUCAUAUACAUUUUGUUUCCAUCGAUCCUAGCUGGAAGUAAGUUUGGGCUUUUUGGAUCAAUUGUCGAUACAACUGCUUGCUGAUUUACUGAAGAAAGAUGGCCACGAAAUCGGUGCUGGUUCUGCUGCUGGUUGCCGCAGCAACGACUUUUGCUCAGAAACAAUGCUGCUAUCCCAUCCAAUUUGAGGGCAGUUGGGGCAGCAUUAUCGCCCAGGUGCAGGCGGGCCAAGCUAUGACCCAGACUUACGGCUUCCAGUUCGCUUAUGACUACACUAAUCGUCGUCUGGGUGCGAUAACCUACAAAGAAGACCUGGGAGUGAUGACCAAAUUCCAGUACAUCUUUGAGUACAGCCAGGGAGUUGAAUACGACAUUCAAGUCAAGCCUCAGAUUUCAUCUUGCGUUAAACGUACUCUAAACGCCACCAUUGCACAUUGUAUCCCCGCUAGCGCCACCUAUCUUGGUUCAUCCUACUACGGCGACCACAAGUUGAACGUAGACUUUUUCCAGUACUUCAGAUCGAUGGGUCCAUCCAACUACGCUAACGUCACCGUGACUGUUUCGCAGGGAGACUGCAUUCCAUUCUCUGUUGUCAAUGAGGGAAAGUCUAACGGUGUUCCGACGCUUGAAAUUCGUGGCUACGUAAACUACACCAGCGGCAUCAGUGAUCCAUCCAAGUACUUCACCGUGCCCAGCGUUUGCCAAUCGUCAAACCACGAGACACCGAAGAUGCAGACAUCUCCCUUUGACAAGAUACUGCCAUAGAAACUGAAGUAAUUGAAGACAUAACGGCAAGCAUUUCUUCAAGCUAGCUAGCCCUUUCCUGAGUAUGUGAGGAUUGGUUAAAGAGCUGUUUACGCAAUGAUUUUGCUUAUUUUAUUCUUAAGAACCGAUUCAAAUCCACACGUCAGACUGUAAUUUACAGCAUAAAAUUUCGUUUGAGUUUUCAAUUUUAAUGGAGAAGUUCGAACAGCUUUGUCAGCAACUACAAGCAGAACUUGUUGGCAAUGAAGGAGGAAUUGAACUGGACCAGAGAAAUAAUACAUACUAUCACUUUAUAAUACAGUAAUAUGUAGUAUACAGUAAUUAUAGUAAUAUCGCUUCACAAAACAAUAAUAUUUCAUUUUUGCAAUUAAUCUUAUUAUAGCAAUUGGAAUUACAAUUUCGAUGGAUGGAUUUGAUUAUGUACAAUGAAGAUGACUUCUGGGCAUAAUGAAAUGCUGAUGUAUGCUUUUCAUUAACAUCGUUGAAUAAUCGUUACAAAUGUAACUAAGUAGAGUUAUCAAGUAAAGUUUUAUAUUGAUAAACUGAAA